UAUACUAUAUUGUAGGGUCCUCAGCGCCUAGCCGCUUCGGCUGCAGAGAGGAGAGCGUAGCAAUGGCGGACUAUGACACAUACGACGAUCGGGCCUACAGCAGCUUUGGUGGUGGAAGAGGACCUCGUCGUGGUGAUGCUGGCCCAGGACCUCGCAAACAGAAAGAUCUUCCAACAGAUCCUCCUUUCACAGCUUAUGUUGGGAAUCUUCCUUUCAACACAGUCCAAGGAGACAUAGAUAGAAUCUUUAAAGAGUUGAAUGUUAGGAGUGUAAGACUAGUAAGGGACAAGGAGACAGAUAAAUUUAAAGGUUUUUGUUAUGUGGAGUUUGAUGACCUGGAAUCUCUUAAAGAAGCCUUGACAUUUGAUGGUGCUCUAUUAGAGGAUCGCGCUCUCCGAGUCGACAUAGCAGAGGGCAGAAAACAAGACAAAGGUGGCUUUGGCUUCAGGAAAGGCGGGACAGAUGACAGAGGAAACGAUAACUUAUACGGCUCUAGAGGAGGUGCAAGAGAUGACUUCAGUGCUGAGGAAAGAGCACACAGGCCAAGGCUCCAGCUGAAACCCAGGACAGUUGCAACACCCCUCAAUCAAGUAGCCAAUCCAAACUCUGCAAUUUUUGGUGGCGCUAAGCCUAGAGAGGAAGCCUCAAAGGAGAAGGAUGAAGCCUAAAACUGUGAGGGACCAAGGGGAAAGAGAGUAUACCAGUCAGAGCUAGUCACUCUGUGGAACACCAACCCUGCAGUUACCAUUCCUGCCUCCUGAUAUCUCCUCAUCCCCUCCUUUUUGAAACUAAGAACACUGAGCUUGUGAAUGCAUGUCAGCUGUUAACAAGUGGUUUUUAGUAUGUUCUCUGAUUUUCUGUAUCUAGUACCUGCUUUGUGCUGCUUUCACCUUUUAUCCCAUGUACAGUCUGCAGUGAGCUGUUCUGCAGGGGAAGCUUCUUCCACCCAUAUGGAAUUCAUUUUGGAUUUAGGAGCUGGAUUACAUUAUCUUCAAAACAUUUCUUUUAAUUUUAGAGGCACAAGUGAUGACAGAUUUACAGUGCUUUUCUAAUCUGCAUGUUUGUUCUAUAUUGCCAAGACUUUAAAAAGGUAUAUUAGGAGUCAUGGCAAGUGGUGUUUUUAGUGCCAUGCACAGAAGGAUGGGCACUUUCUAACCUGUAAAUUUAUACAAAAUGGCUUCAUGCCUGUUUCACAUUUUCUUCCCAAAUUGCACUCUUAUUACCCUUGUGGUUAAGACAGUGUUUUCUUGUUAUUUUGAAAUAGACUUAAUUGAAUGGAUUAUAUUUCAUGUUUAUUAGAACCAGGUCUGUCUUGUUUACAGUAAAUUUGAGCUAUGAAACUAAAAGCAUUUUUCUUGUGUUCUGCCUAAAUGUGGUGUGGCAGAAUGUCACCUUUAAGUAUAGGAGGAAAAAUGUAUUGUACAAAAAAAAAAAAAAAAACUUAAUUUUCUUAUGAGUUUUACAUUGUCUCGUUUUAAAGUUAAAAAAAUAAAAGCUUUUUUUCUCCAUUUAUUUUAAGAAUUUAGUAUUAACCUCUUUGUAGAAAAGCUAAUCUUUCAGCCUUAAAUAUACUGGUUUUUAUACAGUUGGCCUGGGUAAAUCAGAGGCAUAUUCAAAGAUACAGGCAUUGUGUUUAAAAUGAGGUAAGCCCCUUAAAAUUGAAAGAUUUUGUGUUGGAGAAUGUAUUAUCCACCCUUGCUAGUUUUGUUAAUACUUCAUUGCUUCAGUCAGUUAAAACUGGUUGUAUCCCUUAUGUCAGCCUUAUUGGUGCUAAGAUUUAUUUCAGUAUCUUCAAAACCUCAGCAUGUGAAAGUGCAUGUAAAGACUUUAAUAUAUGGGUUCAAGGCACUUUCAUUUUUUAUUUUUUUUCCUUCGACAGUCAUGCAAGAAAUUGCCCAACAUAGCACCAGUCUCAUUGUAUUAGGUUCAUAAUAUUAACCACCUUUAAAUCAGUGUUAAAAAUAGAUUGUUAAAAUUGUAUCUCCUAAUGUAUCCACAGACUAGAGCCUCUUCACUUCCUUUCUUAUCUACACUCUGCUUUAAUACGAACCAUUUGUCUAACACUUGUACCUAAAAAUAAGACAUGCUUUAUGUGGUGAUACAAAAAACUGAUAGGGUCAGAUAACUAGAUGUAUUUACAUCUGCUGUGUAAAGAGAAAUAAAAGCAGCAGAAAAGUUACAUCCAAUCAAGGCUGUUGAUUUAUGAAAUUGAAUUCCAAACACUCUAGACAUUCUGCUAUUUGACAGAAAGUACAUCUAUAAAUAUGGUAUUUUGUGGAAAAUCUUUUAAAUAAAAGAAAACUUUAAGGAC